AAGAGUGUUAACUGUAAUAGGUUGGAAACAUACAGGACUUUCUACUUAGGAGGUAAACAUCUGCCAGGAUUUAAAGGUGGGAUCGUGGGAGAUCAUAAAAGGCCUCACCUCUUAGUCUUCAAGGCCACUUUGGGGAAAGACUGGUUUUCGAGGAUAUAAUCGUUUUCAGAUGCUUCAGAUGUCAUGAACAGAGAUUUGUUUGGAUUAUGUGUUUCUCAGAUGGACUGAAUCAAUAUUAACAAUGGAUAAAUGCAAACACAUUUGGCAGUUGCAGCUUGCGCAAGACCAUUCCGUCCUCAACCCUCAGAAAUGGCACUGUGUGGACUGCAGUUCAACCGAGUCGAUUUGGGCCUGUCUCAGCUGCUCCCACGUUGCCUGUGGACGGUACAUUGAAGAGCAUGCCCUGAAGCACUUUCAGGCAAGCAAGCAUCCUCUCGCCCUGGAGGUGAAUGAGAUGUAUGCUUUUUGUUACUUUUGUAACGACUAUGUACUGAAUGAUAAUGCAACGGGAGACCUGAAGUCACUGCGGGAUACAUUAAGUGCAAUCAGAAGUCAAGAUUACCACUGUACCACCCUGAGUGGAAGAGUUUUACAGUCCGUGGAUACAGAUGAUGAGUCUUUCUUCUUGCACACUGGCGACCAGUCUGAGCCACAAAAGGAAGAUCAGAUCUGCACUGCCCUCUGGCACAGGAGAAGGAUUCUCCUAGGUAAAAUCUUUCGAACAUGGAUUAAACAAUCACUCAUUGGACGAAAAAGGCAGGAAGAACAAUUUGAUGAAAAAAUAGGAAAAAGAGAAGUGAAGAAAAGACAGCAAGAAUUAGAAUGCCAGGUGAAAGCAGAAUUGGAAGGUACACCUCCAAGGAAGAGUUCACGUUUGCAAGGCCUCACUGAGUCUACCACGAUAGAAAUCGUCCCAGUUCAGGUGCCAGCAUCACCCACAAAAGAGAAGGUGCUAUCUACCUCAGAAGAUGUGAAAUUUAAAAAAGUAACUGAUUCUUCCAUGAAACGAAGGCCUGUGCUAACUCCUGGUGUCACAGGACUGAGAAAUCUAGGAAACACUUGUUAUAUGAAUUCUAUUCUUCAAGUGUUGAGUCAUUUGCUUAUUUUUCGACAGUGCUUUUUAAAGCUUGAUCUGAACCAAUGGCUAUUCAUGACUGCUAGUGAAAAGUCAAGAGCUUAUAAGCAUUCACCUGUUCCAGAAACGGUACUGCAUCAAGUGAAGGAAGACCAAGAAAAAGAAAAAGGCUUUGUUUACUCCAGAUAUGCAGGCUUAUCAUCAGGCCUAAGUGGCGGAGCGUCAAAAGGUAGACAUAUGGAACUUAUUCAGCCGAGAGAGCCAAGUUCACAGUACAGUUCUCUCUGUCAUGAAUUGCAUACUUUGUUCCAAGUUAUGUGGUCUGGAGAGUGGGCCUUGGUCUCGCCAUUUGCUAUGCUACACUCUGUGUGGAAACUGAUCCCUGCUUUUCGUGGUUAUGCCCAACAAGAUGCUCAGGAAUUUCUUUGUGAACUUCUGGAUAAAAUACAACAUGAACUAGAAACAACAGGUACCAAGUUACCAGCUCUUAUUCCCUCUUCUCAAAGGAAACUUAUUGAACAAGUUCUGAAUGUUGUUAAUAACAUUUUUCAUGGACAACUUCUUAGUCAGGUUACAUGUCUUGCAUGUAACAACAAAUCAAAUACUAUAGAACCAUUCUGGGACUUGUCACUGGAAUUUCCAGAAAGAUACCAAUGCAAUGGAAAAGAUACUGCCUCGCAGCCAUGUAUGGUGACUGAAAUGUUGGCCAAAUUUACAGAAACAGAAGCCUUAGAAGGAAAAAUCUACGUAUGUGACCAGUGUAACUCAAAGCGGAGAAAGUUUUCAUCAAAACCAGUUGUACUCACAGAAGCACAAAAACAGCUUAUGAUAUGCCACCUACCUCAGGUUCUCAGACUUCACCUCAAACGAUUCAGGUGGUCGGGACGUAAUAACCGAGACAAGAUUGGUGUUCAUGUUGUCUUUGAGGAGAUCUUAAACAUGGAGCCUUAUUGCUGCAGGGAGACCCUGAAGUCCCUCAGACCAGAAAGCUAUAUCUAUGACUUAUCUGCUGUAGUAAUGCACCAUGGGAAAGGAUUUGGCUCAGGACACUACACUGCCUUCUGCUACAAUUCUGAAGGAGGGUUCUGGGUACACUGCAAUGACUCCAAGCUAAGCAUGUGCACUAUGGAUGAAGUACGCAAGGCCCAAGCUUAUAUCUUGUUUUAUACUCGGAGAGUUACUGAGAACGGACAUCGCAAACUCUUGCCUCCCGAACUCCUGUCUAAUGGCCAACAUGCCAGUGAAGAAACCGAUACCUCUUCUAAUGAAGUCCUUAGCUGAUCCACAGACAGUUGGGCUUUCUUCUUGUUAUUUGUAUAUAUAAUUUUUAAAUGGGCUGGCUUACAAUUUUGAGCUUCCUUGUUUUUAUUUUUAAUUAUGAUCAGUGUAUGCUAUGUUUAUACAUUUUAUAUUCACAACAAAAUUUUUUAUAGACAAAGUAUAAAUGUGUGCAUACCAACUGUAGGGGACUAAACGUUUCAAUUAUUUAGUUUUAUACUUUUAGUAUUUACCUCAUACUGUAUUACCUUCUAUAUUUUGAUGUCUAAUUGCCUCAAAUCAUGAAUUUGUGCAAUCUACCAAAGAAAUUCAGGUGACAUCAUCUUUUUAUAUGCAUUAUUAUUUAUCUUUUGUAGCUGUUUUCUGUACAAACUCUGAAUAAAUGGAAAAGAUAUUUUCAUUACAAACUGUCUCAACCAAAAAGGAAAAAAAUAAUUUUUUUUGAGGUAGGGUCUUGCUCUAGCCCAGGAGGACCUGGAGUUCCACCUGCCUCUGCCUUCCAAAUGCUGGGAUUAAAGGUGUGUAACACCAUGCCCGGCUGGAGAAAGCAUUUCUUGUAGGCCAUUUGUAUACUGAAGUCACUGCUGCCUUGUUGCAGGUGAGCACAUACGUGAAAUAUCAAGGUGUCAUUUACUCAGCAGUCAUUCACUGCUAGUCCUGAGGCUCCAGUAAAUCUUAAUUGGCAUUUACUUAUGAACCAGACAUAAAAAAAAUGGGACUUUUUCUCAGCAAAAAGGUUUUAAUAAAGGAGACUAACAAUUAAGAGUUCAUCUUGGUUAGGUAUGAAUUUAUUUUAUUUUUAUUUUUUGUGGUAGGGUCAGUGUUACUCUAGCUCAGGCUGACCCGGCCUACACUAUGUGGUCUCAAGGUGGCCUUAAUUCAUGGCAGUCCUCCUACCU